CCAUAUGAACAUAAGAAAAUCCAGGAAGGUAAGAACCUGGACAUGCCCACGUCCAGGUUCAUUCCAUCCAAACGAUCCCAAUAUAUCCAUCAUUUCUUGGCUGUUUCUUUUUUCUGCAACCUCAAAACCUUCUUCUCACUGUAUCUGAGCAAAACCCAUUUGCCAUUUCUUUACAAAAAAAAAAAAAAUAAUAAUAAUUAUAUUAUUUUUUUCCCUAGAGAGAUUUGAAUUUAGAGGGAUCGAUGAGGAAUAAUAUUAAUAGCUGCGGUCCAAGAAAAACAGAGAAAAAUGAAACGUAUCAUGCGAUCCAUAAACUACCUCCUGGUGACAGCCCUUAUGUCAGAGCCAAGUAUUUCCAGUUGGUCGAGAAGGAUCCGGAAGCCGCAAUAGUCUUAUUCUGGAAGGCAAUAAACACGGGAGAUAGAGUAGACAGUGCACUCAAAGACAUGGCGGUUGUUAUGAAACAACAAAAUCGAGCCGAAGAAGCAAUCGAAGCUAUAAAAUCUUUCAGAGAUCGGUGCUCCAAAAAUGCUCAAGAAUCACUAGACAACGUGCUUAUUGAUUUAUACAAGAAAUGUGGUAACAUAGACGAUGAAAUCGAGCUGCUGAAGCAGAAGUUAAGGAUUAUUGGCCAAGGAGAAGCCUUUAAUGGAAAACCUACAAAAACGGCUCGUUCGCAUGGACGGAAAUUUCAGGUUACCGUUAAGCAAGAGACAUCUCGAAUACUGGGGAAUUUAGGUUGGGCGUAUAUGCAGCAAAUGAACUAUACUGCAGCAGAGGCCGUUUAUCGAAAAGCACAGCAAAUAGACCCAGAUGCAAACAAAGCCUGCAAUUUAUGCACGUGCCUUGUAAAACAAGAAAGGUAUACCGAAGCAAGAUCGAUUCUUGAAAACGUGUUGAAAGGCGAACUUCCAGGUUCCGAUGAUCCGAAAUUGAAGAAUCGUUCGGAGGAGCUUUUGAAGGAGUUGGAAAAUUCGAUUAAAUCUUCAAUAUCCGAUUCUUCGGCUUCUUCGGGUAUAAGUUUAGAAGAUGCGUUCAUUGGUGGACUUGAUCAGUUGAUGAACAGCUGGAACCCCGUUAGAUCGAAAAGACUCCCGAUUUUCGAAGAAAUUAUAUCGUACAGAGAUCAAUUGGCAUGUUGAUCUUUUUUUCCCACUCUGUUUCUUUACCGACUGACAUAUUUUACGUUAAAAAAAAUAUGAUAGAUUGGUAAAUGAAGAAAGAUACAAUUUUUAUGAAGAAUAAAGUGUUUGCUGAGGUUAUUUGCAAAAAAUAUAGUUUAUACCCCUCGAGUUUGCAUUGAUUUCACAUCUGGUCGCCCAUGUUCACAGAAAAAACAUUUGGUUCCUAUGUUUCAAUAAUUUUAACAUUUAA